ACACACAUCUACUCUUACAAUUUUCUUGGUCUGCUUCAUCUUUUGUCGGCAGUGUCACUUUCAGGUUUCUGUCUUGUAAUAAUUGAGUUUACCUUUUGAGAUCACGUGAAUUGGGCUAAGCUUUAAUUCCGUGUUUUGAGAUCUGAUUUCAAUAGAAAUGGGAAGUUCUGAGGAGAAAGUUGUGGCUGUGAUCAUGGUCGGUGGACCAACCAAAGGUACACGAUUUCGUCCAUUGUCAUUGAAUAUCCCAAAGCCACUUUUUCCAUUAGCUGGACAACCAAUGGUUCAUCAUCCGAUCUCUGCGUGUAAAAAGAUUCCAAACCUAGCGCAGAUCUACCUUGUUGGCUUCUAUGAGGAGCGUGAAUUUGCGAUAUAUGUUUCCUCAAUCUCGAAUGAACUAAGAAUUCCUGUCAGAUACCUGAAGGAGGACAAACCACAUGGUUCAGCUGGAGGCCUUUACAACUUCAGGGAUCUAAUUAUGGAAGACAGCCCGUCACAUAUAUUUUUGCUGAACUGUGACGUUUGCUGUAGUUUUCCACUGCCUGAGAUGCUUGAGGCUCAUAGAAGAUAUGGUGGAAUUGGAACUAUUCUUGUCAGCAAGGUGUCUGCUGAAACAGCUAGUGAAUUUGGAGAACUGGUCGCUGACCCCGUUACCAACGAACUGUUGCAUUACACAGAGAAACCUGAAACUUUUGUGAGUGACCGCAUUAACUGUGGUGUGUACGUAUUUACACCGGAUAUCUUCAAUGCUAUUCAAGGAGUAUCCACUCAAAGGAAAGACAGAGCUAACCUAAGGCGUGUAUCCAGCUUUGAAGCUCUUCAGCCAGUAAAUAGGAGUCUUCCAAUAGACUUUGUACGGUUGGAUCAGGAUAUUUUGACACCUCUUGCAGGGAAGAAGCAGCUAUAUACCUAUGAAACCAUGGAUUUCUGGGAACAAAUUAAAACACCAGGAAUGUCUUUGAAAUGCUCUGGUCUCUACCUGGCUCAAUAUAGUUCCACCUCACCACAUCUUUUGGCAAGUGGGGAUGGCUCAAAGACUGCAACCAUCAAUGGUGACGUUUAUAUCCAUCCAUCUGCUAAAGUUCAUCCAACUGCAAAGAUUGGUCCAAAUGUUUCAAUUUCUGCUAAUGCUCGUAUUGGAGCUGGUGCCAGGCUCAUCAGUUGUAUUAUCCUUGAUGAUGUUGAAGUCAAGGAAAAUGCGGUUGUUAUUCAUGCAAUUAUUGGCUGGAAGUCUUCAAUCGGCAGAUGGUCAAGAGUCCAGGGAGCAGGAGACUACAACGCAAAGCUCGGGGUCACAAUUCUUGGUGAAUCUGUAUCGGCUGAGGACGAAGUAGUGGUUAUCAACAGUAUUGUCCUGCCCAACAAGACUCUUAAUGUGAGUGUCCAUGAAGAUAUCUUACUUUAAACUCAAUGAGAUGAAUUUGGGAGUGCCCUUUUGCGUCUGCUACUGAGCCAAUUCCUUCCCCGUAGGCUUGUAUUACCAUUUAGUUUAUGUAAGUAUUGUUGGUACAUUUGAGUACAGAACAAUUCGCUAGUUUACUGUUUAUUUGUAAUUUUCCCUUGUAAGAUAUUGCAAUAAAUCGCAAGUUUCGUUCCUUUUUCUUA